GGCUUCAACGAUCAUGAAUGUGACUUCUGAUGUACAGCUUAUAUAUAGAGAGACUGGGAGAGACGCGUAAUAUCAUGUCUUCCGGUUGAAGUCGUGAUGAUCCUCUGCAAUAUGUUUCUUUCCUUUGAAGGAUUGGAGCAGAAGGAGCGACGCAACCAUUUUUGGGACGCUGGGGAAGUGACUCAGCUCGACCGCAACUUCCCAAUCUGCAUCUUCCUUAUUGACCAUUUGAAUGGGCCAUUAAAAAGCCCCACUAUGCACUUCUCCAUCUCUCCUACACCUCCUUCGUCUUUCUCCAUCACCUGCAUCCAUCAUCAUCACCAUUAUCAUCCAAAACCUUACACACCAGCCACUUCCAAUUCCCCUUCCACCCAAGUUUCAUUCCAUCAGCCCUCCAACGAUACAUUCAACCACGCAACCCUUUCUUAUCCCAGAUAAAUCCUGAGACCGUUUGAAAGCAUCUACUUUGCUCCGGUCAAUGAAGGUUUUGGUGAUGGAUGGGUGUAGACGCGACGUUGGCGUGUACGGUACUGAGGUGUCUGAAGGUCUAAGAGCACGGUGCGAUUGAGGUUUGAUGUGCGUGUGAGGUUUGGAGAUGUGUGGUGUAGUGGUAGGGUCUUGUGAUGGUGGGAGGUGAUGGUAGCAGGUUGAGACGAGAGCAUAUUUGCACAUACAGUACUCGAUAACGUUGUGUCAUUUCGUCCUCUGAUGUCUGCCACGUGUAUCGCUGUGAGAACAUAAGGACCGCCUCAGACAAGAGUCGGGUCCACCCCAAGAUUGAUAUGUUUUCUUGCUCUUUCUUUUCUGUUCGGAGUAUUCAAAGACUUCCUUGCAUAGAUCAGAUCGGCGUAGUAGGCUAAAUAUAAAUUGAGACAGGCUUGGUGGUGCAGUUGAUAAUGUGACU